AUGAAAAAUAUUCUUUAUGGCGAAGGAGACAGCGAGCCAGUUCAAGAAACUGUCGCGCAAUUAGCGCAAGAAGUAUACAACAACGAUAUUUUGCAAUUACUCGUGCUUAAUAUCUGGCGAUUUGAAUUCGAGGCAAAGAAAGAUGUUUCACAAAUAUUUAACAACCUUUUAAGAAGGCAAAUUGGUUCAUUGACACCUACCGUCGACUAUUUAAAAAAUAAAGAGGAUAUCUUAUUUACUUUACUCAAGGGAUAUGAAAAUUCAGAAAUAGCGCUCAAUUGUGGAUUGAUUCUUAGAGAAUGCCUCCGACACGAAUCGUUAACUAAAAUUAUUUUGUAUUCUCCUCAAUUUUAUAAUUUCUUUGAAUAUGUGGAGUUGAGUACUUUUGAUAUUGCUAGUGAUGCAUUUGCCACAUUCAAGGAAAUAUUAACACGUCAUAAAACGUUAGUAGCUGA